GAAGCCGGUCCAGAUACGGCACAUUUGAAGGAUUAUCAGUUACUGACUGACAGAUCCCGAAACUUGAGAAAGAUGUCUCGGACUGAACAAGCCCUCAUUCAACAAUGGCGCCGUCAACAGACGCUGGAGGAUACUCUCUUGAACCCAUCAAGGCUUUGACACUCCUUGACCUGGGAACGGGGCGCAAGCCAGAAGACUCAUCGACCUCGAUAACUCUCGAAGCCAAUAAGAGGACAGGUAUCUGGAUUCGAGGUCUGGACACUCGAUUCAGAGCGGUUUGGCGUGGUGGAAGAGUCGUCGGUAUUGGGUCGAGGGAUGCGGACGAUCCAAGUCAGCACUUGGGACAGGCCUCACUGUCACUAAAUCUCAUCUCUGCGGCACUUUUGAACAGGCCAGAUUUGUCGCAGAUCCUCAGAACGAGCUCCUCAACGGUUUCACCACCGCUAGGGCAUUCAAUCUCCCCAACGAUCUACAUCGUAGCGCCACAUACAGCCCAGACAAUUCCCUUACUCCACGGCAACCUUGCUAGAAUGUUGUCCGACUCCGCAACCGCGAUGGAGUUGCUCAAGGGUGUUCAGCUGUUACAGUACUUUGACUUCGCGGGACUUGUCGAGGCUGUGGGCGAAGUCAGCGAAGCAAUGUAUGGAAAAAUACAGAGUUCCAAAAAGCCAGCCCCGAAUGCCACGCAGGAAGCCGCCUCCACACAGACCCAUGACAUCGUCCUGCUUCAAGGUCUCAGUCCAACAGUGACUGCCACAUAUCGUCGAAGUGGACUUGUCCAUGCGAAUGCACUACUGGCAGCUUUGAUGCGAAGCAUCGUGCAAUUAUCCAGGCCAGCGGUAAAUGCAUUGGUGUUAGUCGAUGUCCCCAUCGGGUUUGACGGCCCCGGAAGCUUGAACGCAAAUCUGGAUCUCACACAUAAGUCUUCUCAUGGCGUUGUGCUAGGUUCUGCCUUUUGUGGCCCAACAGGAGAGAAUCUGAGCUUAGUCUGUGGUCAUGAAACGUUGUCAAGAACUUUAGAGUCCGGUUUCGACUGCAUUGUCAUCGUGCAUGAUGGCUUUGGCAGGGUAAAACAACGAAGCAGACAUUCGAAGCAGUCUCAGUGCAUUAUCGAAACAGUGAAAGACAGAGUAGGUGACAUAACUGGGCUCUGGGCCAUCUGGAGCACCGAUGGGCUAGAGUGA